ACACCUUCAACAAAAAACACACAAUUGUAAGUUUUUAAAAGUAAACAAAUCUCCUCCAUAAUAUGUGCAAUCCCAACCCCAUCCCUCCUCUCUCCGACCACAAACACUACCCAUCUCCUCCGCUGCCUCCUCCGCCGCCGUGCCACCUCUACCUCGAUCUCAUUUCCCUCAAGCACCCCACCAAACCCCCGCCACCUCGGAUCACCGCCUCCGAGGUGGCCGCCGAGGCCAAAUCCCUCCUCUCCCUCGCCUUUCCCAUAGCUCUCACGGCUCUCAUCCUCUACUCCCGCUCCAUGCUCUCCAUGCUCUUUCUAGGCCGCCUCGGCGAAUCCGAGCUCGCCGCCGGCUCCCUAGCCAUCGCCUUCGCUAACAUCACCGGCUACUCCGUCCUCUCCGGCCUCGCCCUCGGCAUGGAGCCGCUCUGCUCCCAAGCCUUCGGCGCGCGGCGGCCGGACCUUCUCUCUCUCACUCUCCACCGCUCUAUACUUUUCCUCCUCCUUUGCUCUAUUCCGAUUGCUUUUCUUUGGCUAAACAUUUCCGGUAUUCUCCUCUAUUUACACCAAGACCCCAGUAUAACCGCCCUGGCCCACACAUAUCUUCUCUUUUCCCUCCCUGAUCUCAUCACUAAUUCCAUUUUCCACCCCACACGAAUCUACCUUCGCGCCCAAGGCAUCAACCACCCCCUCACCCUCGCCUCCCUCAUCGGCGCCGCCUUCCACCUCCCCCUCAACUUCCUCCUCGUCUCCCAUCUCCACCUCGGCGUGGCCGGGGUGGCCGCAGCCUCAGCUGCGUCCAACGCGGCCGCCUUGGCAGCACUUGCUGCCUGGGUCCGAGGGUCGGCCACGUGGACGCGACCGACCCUCUACUGCCUGCGCGGCUGGGCGCCGCUGGCGCGCCUGGCGGCGCCCAGCUGCGUCUCAGUCUGCCUAGAGUGGUGGUGGUACGAGAUCAUGAUAGUGCUAUGCGGUCUCCUGGUGGACCCCAGAGCGACUGUCGCAUCGAUGGGGGUGUUAAUCCAAACGACGUCAUUAUUAUACGUGUUCCCCUCCUCCCUGGGUCUGGCAGUGUCGACCCGGGUGGGGAACGAGUUGGGAGCGAACCGGCCUGGGAAAGCUCGGGUUUCGGCUGUCAUAUCGAUAUUUCUUGCAGGACUGAUGGGCGUGUCCGCGAUGGCGUUUGCGGCCUUGAUGCGGGACACGUGGGCCCGGAUGUACACCGCGGACCCGGACAUAGUGCGGCUUACGGCCACUGCCCUCCCGAUACUCGGCCUCUGCGAGCUUGGGAACUGCCCGCAGACGGUCGGGUGCGGGGUGGUGCGCGGGACAGCGCGGCCGUCAACGGCGGCGAACGUGAACCUCGGCGCGUUUUACCUGGUAGGAAUGCCGGUGGCGAUUGGGCUUGGGUUCAUGCUUGGUGUGGGCUUCUGCGGGCUGUGGAUCGGGCUUCUCUCGGCCCAAGUGUGCUGCGCCGGGCUCAUGCUGUAUGUGGUGGUGACCACCAACUGGGAGUACGAGGCGAUGAGGGCGCAGCUGCUCACGUGCGCCGCCGGAUGUGCUGACUCGGCAUUGCCACGUGAGGCUGACGUGGAGGACGGGCAGCCCUUGAUUUGCGUUUCCGUGGCUUCAUCGUGAUUGUUGAAUCCAAAUCUAAUGUAAUUUUUUCCACUAGGAAUUUUAUUUCCUCUAAUUUUAAUUUUUAUUCCCAUUCUAAUUCGAGCUCUACUGUGAAUCAGCGAUUUUUUUCGAGGGGAUUUGGAUAUAUUUUUGUAUAAAUGGAAA